AGGGAACUCUGCAGCAGCAGAAACAGCAGCAGCAGAAACAGCAGCAGAAACGCUCAUUAGGAUUCCUGCUCCGUCCGCGUCUCCUCCUGCAGCGAGCACGGAUCACGGCUCCAUCCAGAGCCGCUGCCAGGGCUCGCAGGGAGGGAAGCUGGGCUCGCUGGUGUCCGCAGGUCCGAGCCAGAGAGGGGUCCAGGAGGGGGAAACCGGCAGAGCCCCCGCCAGACACCGCACGGAGCUCCGCGGAUCCGCCGGCUCCGACACCGGCCGUUUGUGGCUGCGCGUCUGGAUGUGACGCGGCUGCGCUCCGGCUGCUUUUCCCUCGGAUACGCCAGACAGGCUGCACCGGGUUGGAGUUGAGAACCAUGAGCACUGUGGAGGAGGAGCCGGAUCACAUGAUACCAUGAAGACAAGCCUGCAGGUCCUGCGCCGCCAGCUGCUGAGUGUUCUAGCAUUCCUAGCACUACCAGUAGGACUGGUGUCGUCAGCACAGGAGCUGCACCUCAGCCAGCCUUCCCAGGACUCUGUCUCCAUGGCAGCGGCCCCCAGCAGCCCCAUCUCCCCCCCGAAACCCGCCCCCCUGGAGUGGCACCAGGAGGGCUCCAGCAGCGGAGAUUGGUCAUCCAAAGCCACGCGGCUGUCACCCAUCAUCCUCCCCUCUGUUCCACUCCCUCUUUUCACUUUGCCUCAAACAACCACCCACUCUUCCGCUCCAGGUCAGGAGGAUCCUCCCGUUGGCCACACAAAUAUCUCCCCGAUCACUGUGAGUGCUCAGCCCAAAGUGCCCAGUUCUGAUACUGGAAACCAAGGCAUCAAUCGCAACUCUGUCAGGGCACCUCAAGUCCACAACCCAGUCACUGUAAGCACUAAACAGGCCAGCAGCAGCCCCAAAUACCCCAGCACAGCCUUCCCAAAUGCGCAUGCAGGGCUUGCUGCCAGAGGUCCGAUCCCCCUGGCGAUUGCGUCCAAGUCUGGUUCGGACAGAGGGGAUCACAAAAACCCUCAGAAGCCGAGCGUGGAAGAAUCCAGCAACUCCAGGCGCGUGCCUGUCCCAGAGCUGCAGCCUUCCUCAGCGGACACCAACUCUGUAAAAGACCUGAAACUCAGGGAGCAUGCGUUAAGGUCCCCAGAACUGCUUAUGCACCACACCAUCACGCUGCGGGAGGUGCAUGCUGCGCAUGAGCCUCCGACCGCUCAGCUGGUGCUGGAGGCCACGGAAGAGCCUGUUACUCGUGUCGAGAAGCCGCUGGAGAUUUCCACUUCCACAUCGGCCACUAAAGCGCAGUCCACCGAAGUGAACCCCGGGUCACAGAAUCCCACGGCCAUCCCAGUCAGCCACCUGGCAGCCACCAGUGAAGAGGUGGUUGUGGGUAACGGCACGGACAGUCCUCCCGGGGGACAGCUGGGGACCGCCACCGCACCCGGGGGGCCGUUCUCCAACAACAGCUCGGUGGAGGAGGCGCCGGCUCCGGGGAACAGCUCGGAAACCCCCUCCACACCCAGCAUGAACUUCCUCAACAGGCAGGUGCCCGCCACAACCAACGACCCUUCCACCCCGGGCAACAGCUCGGGCCCGACCGUCGAGCCGCCGCCAUCCCGCACGACAAUCUGCUUAAGCAGGAUGGAUUUUGUAUGGAUCGUCCUCGCCAUCAGUGUGCCUGUGUCCUCCUGCUCCGUGCUGCUGACCGUGUGCUGCAUGAGGAGGAAGAAGAAGUCGUCAAGUCAGGAGAACAAUCUCAGUUACUGGAACGACACCAUCACCAUGGACUACUUCAGCAGGCACGCCGUGGAGCUGCCCAGAGAGAUACACACUCUGGAGAGUGAGGUACAAGCCACUGACACAAUAUAACUCCAUCACUGUUCAGCACUGCACGCCCUGAGACGGUGGGACAUUUCCUUUAUCUUUCUCUAUGAGUCAGCAGAAUGCUGUUAAUGAGUAUGGAAACAACAAAUAAAGAAAGAUCCGGCUCCAAUCUUCCCUGUCAGCAAGCCUCGGGGCCUGCUGAGGCACGUUUGAGCCCGAACGGUGCGACUGCAGUUUAUAGGGAUCUUAUUUGGACCAAGAAGAAAUCUUCCCUGCAGGGAAGCAUCAAUUCUUUAGACGCUAUUCCACUCUGAAUAUUUUGUUAGAUUAAAACAAAUUGACAAUAGAGGCAAAUAAAUCUAGGUUAAUCUUGUAUUACAGCGUUUUUACAACAUUAUUAAUAAAUUAUGAGAUAAUCUUGCCAACUAUUUUCCCGUGGGUGUUAGGAUACAAAAUCCCGUAAAGCGCUGUAAAAUACUCCUUUGUGGGCAGGUCGUGUUAGGUUGAAGAAUAGCCGUAUUAUUUCAGUCGGCCCACACUGACGGAUGGGUUUAUUUAGGUGUCCUGCGCCAAAUCCCUUUCGGUCCAUGUGGACUUGCAGCGCAGCGACAGAAAAUAUGAAGAGACAGAAAAAGAUGAGCGCACAAAUUUGAAACGUGAAAAAGCAGCUUUGUCCCAAAGCCGUCCGCAGAUGAGCAUGUGUCUCCUAUCUGGAAGCUUUAACUAACAGUUUGAUCAAUCACUGCCUGUUUUCUUCAAAGUGUAAGAGAGAAACUAUAAUCUCAAAAUGUAUAAGUUACUGGAAGCAACUCCGGCUCUUUGACUACAUUCACCAGCACCGACACAUGUUUUCCUUCAUUCAUUACCAGUCAUUCUUUUAGAAAUACCAAAUUUUUCUGCUGGAUUUUUCAGCACUGUAUCCAUCUUUCCGGGAGCCAAACUAGUCUUCCUCUUUGAUACAAAUAUUUCAAAAAUGAAGAGAUGUCUCCUAGAAAAGAAUCAAAGUAUAAGACGGAGGCAGAACAAGAAUCAGACUAGUGUCAACAAAAGGAAAUGCCAGUGACUGAUUGUCAUCAGGCUUUCGGUAAAAACUUAUUUGUAAUCCUGCACCCAUCUUAGUUGGCCCGUCCUUGUUUCGGUGUGUUCCGGACCAGCAGAAAUGGCUGUGGACGUGGUAAC